UCGGACAUUUUCCUUCUCGUCUCCAUAGGACCGGCGCCUUUUUGGCACGGAGCGUAGACACAGGAACAAGUUUACUGUUGCCGCAGUUAAAGUUACCAGUGAAUGGAUGAAAUAAGUUUAUAAUUUCAGGAAGUGUUUAAAAGUGAAAGUGUAGCAACAUGAAGACGUUGCUGAUAGUUUUAGCGACGCUGACGGCGCUGGUGAUUUCCGCCGACGACGCUCCAUCUUCGAAAGAUGUUGAGACCAUUGCACCCAAAGACAGACCACUCCAUAUCCGCAGUUUUCCUGGCAUUAUUGGAUACAGGAGCAGUGUAUAUGAGAUUCCCAUUCAGCCAUAUCGCUUUGAUCUACAGCCGUUGAUGGCAUUGGCUGUUCUUAGCGGCGGGAGCGGAGAUGCUGAGGGCGGGGGUUGCAGUGGAGAGAUUCUCUUCACCCAACCCAACUUCGGGGCACCAGUGAUUGUUACCGGCAACGUGACAGGACUGUCUGCGGGACUACACGGCAUCCACGUGCACCUAAAAGGUGACAUGAGAGAAGGCUGUGAGUCUGUGGGCCCUCACUUCAAUCCCUACUUGCACCGGCAUGGUGCCCCACAAGACUUUAUGCGUCACGUGGGUGACCUGGGUAACAUUAAAGCAGGAGACGAUGGUGUGGCCAAGGUGGAGUUCCUGGAUCCCAUCAUCAGCUUGACUGGUGGUCUGCGCAGUGUCAUGGGUAGAGCGCUAGUCGUGCACAUGGGACAAGACGACUUCGGACGUAGCCAUGAUGAGGAGAGCAUCAAGACGGGAAACUCGGGUGCCAAUAUCUGCUGUGGCAUUAUUGGCUGCCUAAAUUGAUGAGCAAGGUUCACUGUUUCUUGGUAGGUCACAAAUACUGCAGCAGAUCAUUCUGGGGAUGAGGGAGAACAUGAGAAUUUGUAUUACUGAAAGGUUCAGGAAUUAAUGUGACGAGAAUGAAUGGCUUCUUAAACUUUUGAAAACCUGAAACAUCUUCCACUGCAUUACAAACUAAUAAUAUCAUCUUUUGCUCAACUCAUGUUUAUUUGAAAAUAAAUAAAAUCAUAGGGGUAAGGGAGACACAUACAGUGGUGUGGGAUUUUAGCGUACGUCGUGAUAUGAUGUUUCUAAGAUGACUGAAAAUAAACCAAUCUGUAUAUCACUUCUGGCAAAUUUAUGUAAUUUGUGCAGUAAAAAAUAAGUAGCCUUUUGUGUUAAUUUGUGAAUAUGUUUGUUAUAAAAUUUCAUGGAAACCCAGAACCUAUCUUCAGCCCAUAAAUUGUGUAUAGACCAUCUAUAUGUAAUUUACAGCAUAAUAAUUGAAAUAUUAUGUACCAAAUAAAGACUGUUUAUACCAACUUUCA